AUGGGCUCCUCGCGGAUCUUACGAUGUGGCUUGAUUCUGCUCGCCUCCGCGCAGUCCUGUGAGCACGAGUGCACUGAGGGGGCUGAGAUGGCCCUCGUCCAGAAGCGGCUCAGCUUACAGGCAACGGAGGUCAAACCCUGGGACCGGCGCGUCUACCUAGUGGGCACCAGCCACAAAGCUGGAAGCCAGUUGCUUCGCAAUAUCAUGAACUGGGCUUUUGACACCCUAGGUGCCAACAUGUCCUGCCAGAAAGGAGGACGUGGUGUUCCAAUCACGUCUCCACACAUCCAUGUGGAUUGCGAUGAGCAUCCGUUGAACAUUCGCUUUGACAACACGGUGAGUGGCAAGGACAUCGUGAAGCUUCGGAACGAGACGCGGGAGACGGGCGGCUUUCGGGGCGUGAUGAUCAUCCGCGAUCCGUUUGAAAUGUUGAUCUCGGCUUAUUGCUACCACCACCGUGGGGCUGAGCCGGACAGUAUCUUGGCUCCGGACAACAUCACGAAGAUGCCACCUGCUGAGGGUGUGCCGGCCAUGGCUCCAGGCAUGCUGGGAGUGAUCAAGAUGAUGGAGGCAGCCACGGAGGUGGCAAGGCCCGAUGUCAUUGUGAUUCGCUAUGAGGCGAUCACCGCGAGCUCUGAGAUGUUCAAUCGUACUGUGAAGAACAUUGCUCAGUUCCUCUUCCGUGGUGAGAUCACUCAUGAUCAGAGGCUGCAGAUCCUGGAUGCCGCUGUGGUGGAAGAUCUGAACCGGGAAGGCGAUGAGGAAGGGAUGUCCUUUGACAUACCUUCCUCGUCCAACAUCCCCAACCACACCAACGAUGAUUUGGAGAUGGCGGAAGCCAGAGAGGCCUUGGAGUUGCUACCUGCCGCAGGGCUGCAGGUCGAAUUCCAGCACCUGCGGGCACAGCUGGGCUACUACUGA